GUCGAAAAAAAAAUCAACACCCUACUAGGUAGUCGAUGAAAAUACAAAAAAAUCCCUUCCGAAAAUUCGAAGAGCUCAACGUAAACCGCCUCCUUCACUCUGCAGCAGCUUUCAACGUCUCCAUAAAACAAUCUAAAUUCCAGAAAUACGAGAGAUUAAUUCAGAAAGAUUUCAUCUUUACGAAGUUAAACAGAUUGUAAUUUAUUCGAACACCUAUUUUCUCUCUCCAAUUCGCACCAUUAUAAGCUAAAAAAUACCAAUUAAUUUUCACUCUUACUAGAGAAAAAAAAGCUCGAAUUAGGGUUUUAUCUUCAAUGGCGGGUGCUAAUGGUGAAGAACAGUCUCAUAAGAAUCACAGGACUCGACAAGCUGGCCCUAAGAAAAAGAACAAGAAGAAAGGAGGCGAUAAUGCAGAUAAUAAGAACAAAAAUCAAAACCCUAAGGCUUUUGCUUUCCGUUCAAAUGUGAAAGCUAAGCGAUUAAAUUCGCGUACAGUGGAGAAAGAGCAGCGUAAGCUUCAUAUUCCGACGAUGGAUCGUAUUAUCGGGGAUCCGCCACCGUUUGUUGUUGUUGUUCAUGGCCCUCCACAGGUUGGAAAAUCCUUGCUGAUUAAGUGUCUUGUAAAACAUUACACCAGGCAUAAUUUACCUGAUGUUCGAGGUCCACUUACUAUAGUCUCAGGUAAACAAAGGCGUCUCCAAUUUGUGGAGUGUCCAAAUGAAAUAAACGCCAUGAUUGAUUGUGCAAAAUUUGCUGAUUUGGCUUUGCUUCUAGUUGAUGGGAGUUAUGGCUUUGAAAUGGAAACUUUUGAGUUCCUAAAUAUUAUGCAAGUUCAUGGAUUCCCUAGAGUUAUGGGAGUUCUUACGCACCUUGAUAAGUUCAAGGAUGUAAAGAAAUUAAGAAAAACAAAGCAGCGUCUCAAACAUCGUUUCUGGACUGAAAUAUAUGAUGGAGCCAAAUUGUUCUACUUGUCUGGUCUUAUACAUGGGAAGUAUCAUAAGCGUGAAAUCCAUAAUCUUGCAAGAUUCAUUUCUGUUAUGAAAUUUCAUCCAUUGUCUUGGCGAACAGCUCAUCCUUAUGUAGUAGCAGAUCGCUUUGAAGAUGUCACUCCUCCAGAGAGAGUGCAGAUGAACAAAAAAUGUGACAGGAAUGUCACUGUUUAUGGUUAUUUGCGAGGCUGUAAUUUGAAGAAGGGAACUAAAGUUCACAUUGCUGGAGUUGGUGAUUAUAACCUGGCCAGCAUUACAAGCUUGGCCGAUCCAUGUCCUUUACCAUCAGCUGCUAAAAAGAAAGGAUUGCGUGACAAGGAAAAAUUAUUUUAUGCUCCCAUGUCUGGUGUUGGUGACCUUGUUUAUGAUAAAGAUGCUGUCUAUAUAAACAUAAAUGACCACUUUGUACAAUUCUCGAAAGAAGCUGAUGAAAAUGGGACCACUGUGCACAGAGGGAAUAAACAUGAUGUUGGCGAGGAGUUGGUUAAAAAGCUUCAGAACGUGAAGUAUUCUAUUGAUGAGCAGUUAGAGGAACGCUUCAUUAAUCUUUUCAGCCGGAAAAAUGAUAAACACGAGGCUCAUUUGUCUGUUGCCGGAGGUCGGUUCCAUGAAGAUGGUGAAGCUGCUGGCUCUGACAAAGAAAGUGAUGAUGAUGAUCGGAAUAGUUCUGAAUCUUCAGAUGAUGAUGAACUUGAAGAAAAUGAUACUAUGAUGAUUAAGGGAGAUGGUUCUAGCAAUUCACAACAGGGUUUGAGAAACAAUUUUAAAGAACAUGUUGAACUCAGGGAUGGUAGGAUCAGAAGGAAAGCAGUAUUUGGAAAUGAUGACAGUGAUGCAGAUGAAAAGCAUUCAGAUGAAGAUGAUGAAGACGACAGUGAUGGGGAUCAAGUAGGUGAAACAGCUUCUAGCUCAAAUUCUUCGGAAGACGAGGGGGAUGAUGAAGAUACAGAAGUGGAAGAAAAUAUGGGAAAUGCUUCCAGAUGGAGAGAAUCCUUGUUGGAGCGAACAGUCUCCAGACAGAACUCCAAUCUCAUGCAACUUGUGUAUGGAUCAUCUAUGUUGGAUCGAACAUCUGAUAUUAGUGAACCACAUGGAGGCAGUGAUGAUGAAGGUGAAGAUGAUGACUUCUUUAAACCAAAGGGAGAGGGAGCCAAGAAGUUGACAAAUGACGUAGGAGCUGGCGAUGUUAAUGGUGAUGACUGUUCAAAAUUCACCAGUAAUAGUUCUAAGAAUUGGAAUGAUAAGGAUGUUGUUCAAAGCAUUCGAGACCGUUUUGUUACUGGUGAUUGGUCAAAAGCAGCCGCAAGAGCUAAGGCCUCUGAGGUUGGUAGCAGUGAUCAUGAUGCUGUCUAUGGCGAUUUUGAAGAUGUAGAAAUGGGUGAAGAGGAUGGUGCUCAUUCUAACAGUGGUGGGAUGCAGAAAGAAAAUGAUGCUUUGAUUGAAGAACGCAGGCUGAAAAAGCUUGCUCUUCGUGCAAAGUUUGAUUCUCAUUAUAAUGAAUCUGAGUUAACUGAUGGAGAAGCUGAAGAAGAAGCUAGUAUAAAAGCUGAUCGCAGCAAGGCCAGUGAGAGUGGAUUUUUUGACAAGUUGAAAGAAGAAAUUGAACUUCGAAAGCAAAUAAAUAUAGCUGAGCUCAAUGAUCUAGAUGAAGCUACUAGGAUUGAUAUAGAGGGCUUUAGAACUGGGACUUAUGUGAGAUUGGAAAUACAAGCUGUUCCUUGUGAGAUGGUUGAAUAUUUUGAUCCCUCUCACCCUAUCCUGGUUGGAGGAAUCAGCCUUGCAGAGGAGAAUGUUGGAUACAUGCAGGUCAGGUUAAAGCGACAUAGAUGGCAUAAGAAAGUUCUUAAGACCAGGGACCCGAUAACUGUAUCUAUGGGUUGGAGGCGAUACCAGACAAUACCUGUUUAUGCAAUCGAGGAUCACAACGGUCGGGUCCGUAUGCUGAAGUACACCCCCGAGCACAUGCACUGCCUUGCAAUGUUUUAUGGCCCUCUUGCUCCCCCAAACACUGGAGUUGUUGCUAUACAGAAUCUUUCAAACAGCCAGGCAUCAUUUAGAAUCACAGCAACUGCUGUUGUACUUGAAUUCAACCAUGCAGUUCAGAUAAAGAAGAAAAUGAAGUUUACAGGUGUACCUUGCAAGAUAUACAAGAAAACAGCAUAUAUCAAGGAUAUGUUCACUUCAGAUCUUGAAAUAGCCAAAUUUGAAGGUGUACCAGUUCGAACCGUGAGUGGAAUUCGUGGACAAGUAAAGAAGGCUGCAAAAGAAGUGAUUGGCAAUAAAUCAAGGAGAGAUGAAAUUCCGUCUAAGGGAGGGCUUGCUAGGUGCACAUUUGAGGACAAGAUCCUGAUGAGUGAUGUUGUGUACUUCAUAACAUGGGUCAACGUGGAUGUUCCCAAAUUUUUCAAUCCAAUGACAACAGCCUUGCAACCCCGUGAUUUGACUUGGCAAGGAAUGAAAACAGUUGCAGAAUUGAGGAAAGAACGGAAUCUCCCGGUUCCUGUCAACAAGGAUUCUUUGUACAAGCCAAUGGAGAGAAAGACGAGGAAAUUUAAUCCAUUGGUCAUUCCCAAGUCACUGCAAGAAGCACUGCCUUUUUCUUCGAAGCCUAAAGAUAUUCCUAAAGGGCGUAGACCUCUUGAAGCUAGAAGAGCUGUUGUUGCAGAACCUCAUGAGAGGAAAACCCAGAAGCUGCUUCAGCAUCUCCAGCUGAUUCGACAUAAUAAGGAGAAGAAGCGAAAACAAAAGGAGGAAGAGAAGAGAAAGGUGUUAGAAGCUCAGAAGGCCAAAGAAGAGCUGGUUUCAAGAAAACGACAAAGAGAAGAACGCCGGGAAAGAUACCGUGAACAAGAGAAAUCAAAGAAGAGAAUCCGCAGAACUGCAGAAGACUAGAGUUCUCUCCACCCAUGACAUUUAGGAAGAUAUGUGAACACACGCUACCAUUUUUACCUUUUCUACAGACUUAUCUGGGAUAUUUUCCUUGGAUCUUAGAAGAGGUGAUUUUUAGAAGUUCCAUCUGUUUGCUUCCUCCUUUGUAUGGUAGAAAUGGUGUAGCUGUACCCCAUAACUGAAGCUUUUGUAGUCUUUAGAUUUAGAUAUAUGGUCUUCUAGGAUAAAUAGAGAAGUUUUGCUGUUAUUUUCUACCUGUAGAUUAAGGCAUUUUUGUAAUAUCUUUCGGCACUAAAUUUGCUAUGAGAAAAUGAAUAUUGCAGUAGCAAUCCGUACUAAAUUUCUUAUGAAAAAUUGAGUAUUUUUAUCCCUA